GCUAGGGCACGCACGAGCGAUUACCGAAACGCUGCAGAGGUCUAGGCGGAUACGGGAGCCAUACGAGGGCGAGUAUCACUUCCAGCGCUCGGCCAGCUUCAGACGACGAGCAAUCACCUGCGCAGGCGCUAUUGCCGAUUCACUUUUGCAUCAAACAACAAAGGGCCUACUCGAACGACGCCCAGACGAGUCUCGCUUCGCACAGUCGUCCCUCCCAAUCUCAAGCCAGCCUGGGACGUGUCAUCUGACCGUCCGAGUCUAGUGAAGCUAGUAUCACCCCUCUGCGCCCGCUCACAAACGCUCACGUACGAGUGUCACGUCGGUUCAUCUUGGCGUGCCAAUUUCUUUGGACUCCCAUCUACGCUUGACAAGGCUCCAAACGCCGGACGGACAACAAGGCUCGGGACAGCAUGUCGGGUGCCGCCUUUCUGAGAGAGUACAAACUCGUCGUCGUCGGCGGAGGAGGUGUAGGCAAAAGCGCAUUGACAAUCCAAUUUAUACAGUCUCACUUUGUCGACGAAUAUGAUCCCACGAUAGAAGACUCUUAUAGGAAACAGUGCGUGAUAGACGAGGAAGUCGCGUUGCUCGACGUGCUCGAUACGGCAGGGCAAGAGGAAUACUCUGCCAUGCGCGAGCAGUAUAUGCGGACUGGCGAAGGCUUCCUGCUAGUCUAUUCUAUUACGAGCAGGAACUCUUUCGAGGAGAUUGCCACGUUUCACCAGCAGAUCCUGCGUGUAAAGGACAAAGAUACCUUUCCAGUCAUCGUCGUCGCCAACAAAUGUGACUUGGAAUACGAGCGACAAGUGGGCGGCCAUGGCAAGGACCUGUCGAAGCAUUUCGGCUGCCGAUUCAUCGAGACAUCUGCCAAGCAACGCAUAAAUGUCGACGAAGCUUUCAGCGACCUUGUACGGGAGAUCAGGAAGUACAACAAAGCGACGGGCAGACCAGGCGCGGGUGGUGCGCAGUCGAUGGGCCAGAUGAAGGUAUCUGGCGGCAAAAAGUGCUAUGAUACCCAUCUCCCCUGCGAGAAGCAAGAGAGCUCGUCCGUUCCCAUGUUGUCGCAUUCGCACGCCUUCGUCACCCUCGCACCUCGGACUAAGUCAAGCUCAACUCCCCCAAGAAACCCGCAUGCGCCCUGUACCAAUGUGCCAGUGACAACCUCGCUGCAUUAUUCCCUUCUGGCUUCUCCAAGCCAGCAAAGCUCGCGGUGUCUCGACGAGGCAUAA